UAGUGUGCUCAUCCCCCGCCCCCAUCUCCAUCUGUCUUUCUCACUUGAGUUGAGCCCGUCCCGUCUGCACUGCACAUAUAAUGAUAGAGAGAAGCUCCUUUCCAAGUUAGGGGUUUUGCUUAUGAGUUACGCGUCCGUGGCUCGCUUGGGGUGGCUCGAGAUUUUCAACGCGGAUUCAGUCUGACGUAUUAAAACUCGGGCUAGAAGAAUUCAGGACUUCCAAGUUCCAGCUUACCCAACUUUCUAUUCUGUACCAUUCAACCAUCAACCGCAGUUUCCAGUGUAUUUGUUUCUUUGUCUUAAUUAAAAAUCCGGCCUUUUCGUUGAUUUUUUACUUCCCCAAGAAUCGAGCAAUCGAUUUCGCACCAAAUUUAGGGAUUUGCUUGCACUCGGUCCGGUGCGAUCGGGGAAUCUUGGUGAAAAGAAUGGUUGGAUGGAGGGGAUCUAGCGGCGGCGGCCCGCCGUCGGGAGAUCCCGUCUCAUCGUCUCAAACAAUUCGUCUCGGAAAGGUUCAGCCGCAGGCACCAGGUCACAGGACCGUGUUUUGUAGUGAUCGUGAUGCCAACGCCCUCGCGAAAUUCAAGGGUAAUUCUGUGUCUACAACGAAGUAUGAUAUUUUCACCUUUUUACCCAAGGGGCUAUUUGAGCAGUUCAGGCGGGUCGCUAACCUCUAUUUUCUCAUGAUCUCGAUCCUGUCGUGCACCCCUAUCAGCCCUGUGAGUCCAAUUACAAAUGUGCUUCCUUUGACAUUGGUGCUUCUUGUGUCUCUCAUCAAGGAAGCAUGGGAGGACUGGAAACGUCUCCAAAAUGAUGCAGCAGUGAAUAACUCCACUGUCGAAGUUUUUCAAGAUCAGCGCUGGGUAUUUACCCCUUGGAAGAAGCUGCAGGUUGGGGAUAUUAUCAAAGUGAACCAGGAUGGUUUCUUUCCUGCUGAUUUGCUAUUCCUUGGCAGUACAAAUCCUGAUGGUGUCUGUUACAUUGAGACGGCAAAUCUGGAUGGUGAAACUAACUUGAAGAUUCGGAAGGCAUUAGAAAAGACUUGGGAUUAUGUCACCCCAGAAAAAAUUUCUGAAUUCAAAGGUGAGGUACAAUGUGAACAACCUAAUAAUUCACUUUACACUUUCACUGGUAACUUGAUCAUUGAUAAACAAACAUUACCUCUCAGUCCAAACCAGCUUUUACUACGGGGGUGUAGCCUGAGGAACACUGAGUACAUAGUUGGUGUUGUCAUUUUUACUGGUCACGAGACAAAGGUCAUGAUGAACUCCAUGAAAAUUCCUUCCAAAAGAAGCACCUUGGAAAAAAAGCUUGACAAGCUUAUUCUUGCACUAUUCACUACACUUUUCUCCAUGUGCCUUUUGGGUGCCAUUGGGAGUGGUGUAUUUAUAAAUCGCAAAUACUACUACCUGCGCUUUGACAAUUCAGAGAAGCAGUUUGAUCCUGACAGCAGAUUUGUGGUUGCUAUCUUGACAUUGUUUACCCUAAUAACUCUCUAUUCGCCAAUUAUUCCUAUAUCUCUUUAUGUUUCUAUUGAGAUGGUUAAAUUUAUUCAAUGUUCUCAAUUCAUCAACAAUGACUUGCACAUGUACCAUGCUGAGAGCAAUACCCCUGCAUCAGCCCGGACAUCAAAUUUAAAUGAGGAACUUGGCCAGGUGGAAUAUAUUUUCUCUGAUAAAACUGGGACCUUGACACGAAACUUGAUGGAAUUUUUCAAAUGUUCAAUUGGAGGAGAGGUUUAUGGUACUGGUGUCACUGAAGUUGAGAUGGGAACUGCUCAAAGAAUUGGAGCAAAAGUUGAUGGUCAAAAGGACUCAAAGUUGCCACGUGAAAAGGGUUUCAAUUUUGAUGAUCCUCGGAUAAUGAGAGGUGCUUGGAGAAAUGAACCUAAUUCUGAAGCUUGCAAAGAAUUCUUCAGGUGCCUGGCAAUAUGUCAUACUGUGCUUCCAGAGGGGGAUGAAUCCCCUGAGAAGAUUCGAUAUCAAGCUGCAUCACCUGAUGAGUCUGCUUUGGUCACUGCUGCAAAAAACUUUGGUUUCUUUUUCUACAAACGGUCACCCACAACUAUAUAUGUUCGUGAGUCACAUGUUGAGAAGAUGGGAAAGAUUCAGGAUGUUGCAUAUGAAAUAUUAAAUGUUCUUGAGUUUAAUAGUACAAGGAAGCGCCAGUCUGUUGUUUGUCGCUAUCCAGAUGGUAGACUUGUACUCUACUGCAAGGGUGCAGAUACAGUGAUAUAUGAAAGAUUGGCGGAUGGAGACAACAAUUUGAAAAGAGCAACUAGGGAUCACCUGGAGCAAUUUGGAGCUGCUGGGUUGCGUACUCUAUGCCUAGCGUAUAGAAAUUUGAGUCCUGAUGUCUAUGAAAACUGGAAUGAGAAAUACAUUCAGGCAAAGUCUGCUCUGCGGGACAGGGAGAAAAAAUUGGAUGAGAUUGCAGAACUAAUUGAGAAGGAGCUCACAUUGAUUGGAUGCACUGCUAUUGAAGACAAACUUCAGGAGGGAGUGCCUGAUUGUAUAGAGACCCUCUCUCGAGCUGGCAUUAAAAUUUGGGUGUUGACUGGAGACAAGAUGGAAACAGCAAUCAAUAUUGCUUAUGCAUGCAAGUUAAUAAAUAACAGCAUGAAGCAAUUUAUUAUCAGUUCGGAAACUGAUGCUAUUAGAGAAAUUGAAGAUAAGGGUGAUCAAGUAGAGCUUGCUCGCUUUACGAAAGAAAUGGUGAAAACUGAGUUGCAAAGAUGCUAUGAGGAAGCACAGAAGUUCCUUCAAUCUUCGUCCGGUCAAAAAUUAGCGCUUGUUAUUGAUGGAAAGUGUUUGAUGUAUGCUUUGGAUCCCAGCCUACGGGUAUUGCUUCUUAACUUGAGCUUGAAUUGCAGUGCAGUGGUUUGUUGCAGAGUUUCUCCACUUCAGAAAGCACAGGUUACAAGCCUUGUGAAAAAAGGUGUGAACAGGAUUACUCUCAGUAUUGGUGAUGGCGCAAAUGAUGUUAGCAUGAUUCAGGCUGCUCAUGUUGGUGUUGGAAUAAGUGGACAGGAAGGUAUGCAAGCAGUGAUGGCAAGUGAUUUUUCCAUUGCCCAGUUCCGGUUUUUGACUGAUUUACUACUUGUGCAUGGUCGGUGGUCAUAUCAUAGAAUAUGCAAGGUUAUAACAUAUUUUUUCUACAAGAACUUGACAUUUACGCUCACUCAAUUUUGGUUCACAUUCCAAACUGGAUUUUCCGGGCAAAGGUUCUAUGAUGACUGGUUUCAGUCUCUCUUCAAUGUUCUGUUUACAGCCCUGCCUGUGGUGAUGCUCGGACUUUUUGAUAAGGAUGUCAAUGGAGUCCUAUCGAAGAAGUAUCCUGAGUUAUACAAGGAAGGAAUCAGGAAUAUGUUUUUCAGAUGGAGAGUCGUGGCAACAUGGGCUUUCUUUUCAAUUGUUCAAUCAUUGGUCUUCUAUUACUUUGUUGUCACCUCUACUAAGAAGGCAGUGAAUUCAGAUGGCAUGACGCUGGGCUUGUGGGAUGUCAGCACAAUGUCUUUCACUUGUGUAAUUGUGACUGUCAACUUGCGUCUCCUCAUGGCUUGCAACACGAUCAAUAGAUGGCAUCAAAUUAGCGUUGGAGGAAGCAUUUUGGCAUGGUUCAUAUUUAUCUUCAUUUACUCGGGCUUCAUCUUGCCUAAAGAGCAGGAAAAUAUCUAUUUCGUCAUUUAUGACUUGAUGAGUACUGGCUAUUUCUAUGUAGCCAUUAUUCUUGUCCCUAUUGCGGCCCUCUUUCUUGACUUCCUAUAUCUCGGGGCUCAGCGGUGGUUCUUCCCAUACGACUAUCAGAUAGUGCAGGAAAUCCACAGGCAUGAGCCGGAUUCAGGCAGGAUUGGAUUGCUACAAAUUGGAAACAAUGGCCUCACCCCAGAUGAGGCACGGAGCUAUGCUGUGAUGCAGCUUCCAGGGCAGCAGUCGAGGCACACAGGUUUUGCAUUCGAUUCACCUGGCUACGAGUCCUUUUUUGCAUCCCAGGCUGGUGUUUAUGUGCCACAGAAGGCAUGGGAUGUUGCUCGCAGAGCCAGCAUGAGGCAUCGGGGGGCCAGCAAUACGCCCAGGAAGAAUUGAACCCGUUUAUUGCAUGGUGUUUAUCCUCUUCUCUCUUCUUUCUUUCCAUGUAUCAUACAUACUUUCAGUGAUUCUUUCUUUCUUUGUUUUUUUUUUUCUUUUUUUUUUUUCUUAGAAAUUUUUGUUUGAUUCUGGAAUACAAUAUAUAUAUAUAUAUAUAUAUAUAAUAUAGGGGAAUAGUUCUUUAGUUUAGUGGAUAGUACGUUUGUCUGGAUUACGAGUUGUCAUUUAAGACGUCACCUGUUUUUUGGAUCACUUACUUAAUGGAACAAAGAGGUGUAGCCAUUAUACAUA